GAUCUCAAUGUCCGACAACUAGUUUUACGUUGUGUGGAGGCAGUCGACCUCUAGAAGGCUAGUGAAGACUGAAGAGUGAAGACAAGAGAAAAAGUUUCUUGUAAACUUGAGACCCGGAAUAGCCAAGACGAACAGUGAAAGACGUCCUUGGCCAUUCGUGUUUGACGGCCAACCCUUUUUUUGCAAUUGGAGCUCUCAGGGAUUUCACUUCAUAGAGUAGAGAUCGUUCUCCAGUUCUACGGUCGCUUUCCGUUUUCCCAACAAAAAUUGGUCAUUCUUCAGUUGAUAAGAUUUAGCUGCAGUGUCCUAGUGGAACAGAUUUGCCAGUGUACUAGUAUACACCAAGUGCUUAUCAACGUCCAUUGUCUCAAAAUACCAGGUGUGUAAUGGAUUCCGAUGAGGAUAUCAUGUAUGAUGAUGAUUAUGAUGACUCUGGGAAUGAGUCAAGUGGAGAUGAUGAUGUUGAGUUUGCAAUGGUAGAAGAACCCAAUAAUCCCAAAGAACGGCAAGAACUUGAUGAAUAUCCAUAUGAAGUUUUGACAACAGAACAAAUCCUUCAGCACAUGAAUGAGUGUAUGAAAGAAGUUAACAUAGUUGUUGAGAUGCCGUCUACUGUGAUUCGAAUGUUGCUUAACCAUUUUCGUUGGGACAAAGAAAAAUUAAUGGAGAGAUACUAUGAUGGAGAUCCAGAAAAACUUUUUACAGAGGCUCAUGUUGCAAGUCCAUUUGCCAAAGUGGCAGUUCCAGCUAAAAUUGCCAAGAAAGAACACCGCCGAACAGGUCCAAGUGUGGAAGAGUGUGAGAUCUGUUUAUCCACUCUACCUUCGUCUGUGAUGUCUGGAUUGGAGUGUGGACACCGAUUUUGCGUAUCGUGCUGGGCUGAAUACCUUACCACUAAGAUCAUGUCGGAAGGUAUCGGACAGACUAUAUCAUGCGCAGCUCACAAUUGUGAAAUUCUGAUUGAUGAUGCCACCGUAAUGAAACUCGUACCUGAUGCCAAAGUACGACUCAAAUAUCAACAUCUAAUCACUAACAGUUUCGUGGAGUGUAAUCGGUUAUUAAGGUGGUGCCCAAGCCCGGAUUGCAGCAGUGUUAUUAGAGUUCAACACGUAGAAUCACGUCCCGUUACAUGUCGUUGCGGGCACACGUUCUGCUUUGCUUGUGGGAACAACUGGCAUGAGCCUGUACGCUGCACUCUUCUCAGAAAAUGGAUUAAAAAAUGUGAUGAUGACUCUGAAACAUCAAACUGGAUUGCGGCUAACACCAAGGAAUGCCCUAAGUGUAAGGCAACUAUCGAAAAAGACGGGGGAUGCAAUCAUAUGGUUUGCAAGAACUCUCAUUGUAAAACCGAGUUUUGUUGGGUAUGCCUGGGACCAUGGGAGCCUCAUGGAACGUCAUGGUACAACUGCAAUCGCUAUGAUGAGGACGAAGCGCGAGCAGCCCGUGAUGCUCAAGAGCGUUCUAGGGCGGCAUUGCAGCGUUACCUCUUUUAUUGCAAUCGUUACAUGAACCAUAUGCAAUCGCUACGUCUGGAACACAAACAUUAUGCUACCGUGAAAGAGAAAAUGGAAGAAAUGCAGCAGCACAACAUGUCGUGGAUUGAGGUCCAAUUCUUGAAAAAGGCUGUCGACAUUCUGUGUCAAUGUAGGCAAACAUUGAUGUACACCUACGUGUUUGCCUACUAUUUGAAAAAAAAUAACCAGUCAGUUAUUUUUGAGGAUAAUCAAAGAGAUUUAGAGACGGCAACCGAAAAACUUUCCGAAUACCUUGAACGCGACAUCACACAAGAGAACCUCGUCGACAUCAAACAAAAAGUCCAAGACAAAUACCGAUACUGCGAUAGCCGGAGGAGAGUAUUGGCUGAACACGUGUAUGAAGGCUAUGACAAAGAAUGGUGGGAGUACAAUGAUUAGUCCCAAAGUAACGAAACAAUUGCGCUAAUCCUUGUUGUGCCAAGUUUCGGAACACAACAAAAGUCGAAAGAGACUAGAGCAUUCUCAUUUAGUCUCCCUUAGAAAAAUGAAAAGAAUCAAGAUUUAAACGGCAAACAUUUCGAUUCUUGUCGGCCUAGUUCAAAUACUUGGUUCUAACGCUCCUGUCUCGAAAAUUUAAGGUCUUUUCCUCUUUGUAUUUGUGGACUGCUCACUGUGCGCUCUACUAUACAUUAAACAAUCGUUUAUCCCUCCCAAAUCUCUUUCGCCCCCUUUUUUUGUUGUGUUGCUUCCAAUUCAAAUCUUGUACAUGUACCCUUUUGCGGCGAAAUGGAUACAUACAUAUCCGCAUCUUGCGGAACGAUAUUUU